UUCCGUCAGCGGUUGUGGUUUCUUGAUGAUGGCCUUGGUCAAUGUGGUGCAGAUCAAGCUGGGCACUCUGGCCUGUGGCAGCUCUCACACUUACUCUGCUGCCAUCCCGCUCCUCAUACUGAUAGCAAAAUAAAGCUUAACCUAUUGAUGGAGGAGCAAGUGAUGGAAUAAAUUAAAGCACUUCCUCCAGUCGCAGCUCCACCUUGAAUUGGGGACAUCACAUGCUAGCGCCUUUCUAUUACCUAGUGGAGUAUAAAAUGCUAUGAAGUGAAGUUUUAUAAGCAGGAUUAAGGAAGCACAAGCUCAGAUGAAUUACAUUUGUUUUCUAGUGCUUCUUGUGAUUCUUGCCCUCAUAAACCAUAAUGAAGUUUAUGGGGCUGGUGAAUGUGGGAAAUCUUCUCCUGACAGAGAGGCUUGGAAACUAGCUUCUUGUGUAAUAGCAGCACAAGAUGGGAAUGCUCCAGUUUCGGAUAGGUGUUGCAGUCACAUAAAGAGACUUGGCCAGAAUUUUGCUUGCCUUUGUGCUGUUAUGCUUUCUAGCACAGCCAAAAGUGCUGGAGUCAAGCCAGAAAUCGCAGUCACCAUUCCAAAACGUUGCAAUAUUGUUGAUCGUCCUAUGAGUUACAAGUGUGGAGAUUACUCAGUGCCUUGAAAGUUGAAAGGGUAGUGGUUAUGGACAUGCAAAAUGUGUGGUGCGAAUCUCUCGAAGAGUGUGAAUUAUAGUUCACUUUAUGUUGGUGGAGUCCUAUGUUAUGUUUAAAUAAAAUAGCUUAAGCCAUAUAUUGGAUAAGCUUCUAUAA